AGUUUAUAUCUUCUUAUUCAGAUGAAGUCCCCAUUGAGAUGUAUAUUGGUUGGAAUUUGCGUAUCCAUUUUAGUUUUAGAGACAGACACUGCAACUCCAGCACCAACUGCAGCACCAGGUCCAGCACCAACUGCAGCACCAACUGCAGCACCAGGUCCAGCACUAACUGCAGCACCAGGUCCAGCACUAACUGCAGCACCGGCACCGGCAACCCAAAACCCUGCCGGUGGACCAAACAAUGGUCAUUCGCAACCAGGUGGUGGUAAUGGUGGAGGAAAUGGGGGAAACGGAUUACAUCAACUCACCACAGAAACCCUGUCCAAGUUCACAGGAAUGAUCCUUGUCACGCUUUUCAUAAACAGAUAUCAGAUGUUUCUAUAAAAUGUUCAUGGUAUAUUUUGGAAGAGCCUAGGACAAUAUGGACAUAUUUACAGACAAAAACUAAAUCUAAACUAAUGAAAAUGUAAGAGCGGAUAUUACACUUCGUUGUAAGAAUGAUGCUCUUAAUUUUGUAAAAUUACACGUUUAUUAAAGUUUAUUAAUGCCUACUGUUCCAGUUAUCAAGCAUCUUUUUUACAUAUAUAUCUUCAAUAUGUGUAAAUAUAUUAUUUAAUGUGUAAAAUGUUCAAUUACUAAAGUUUCAAAUAUUAUCUAAGCAUUUGUUCAUGCUGACAGAAAUGAAAAACCUGUUAAAUAUAUGUCAGCAUUUUACAACGAUG